UAUGGCAGCUAUCAGACAUACGGCGGCCACGGGGGCGGAUACGGCUCUAGCCACAACACCGGAUACGGGUCUAGCCACAACACCGGAUACGGCGGUGGACAUUCUACAGGAUACGGCCGUAGCAACAGCGGAUACGGACAUCGCAACACCGGAUACGGGUAUGGCAACACCGGAUACGGGCAUGGUAACAGCGGAUACGGUCGUGUCAACACCGGAUACGGCGGAAGUCACGGUAGCGGAUACGGCGGCGGGCACAACGCCGGAUACAGCUCACACAACAGUGGCGACGGAUAUGGCAACAACGACUAUGGAUAUGUUGAUCCUUGUUAUGGCAAAUACGACGGCGACUACGAACUCUCAGGGUCCUGGACUGGACUAUUUUACGGCGCGGAUCCACGCUGCUUCUUCGUGAAGUGUUCCAAUGGGAUCAGCUGGCUUAGCGCGUGCGCAAAGGGUACAACCAAUGAUGAGCAUGGCGCCGGAUUCUGUUACUAUCAGGAUCAUUACGGGAUCUGCGGGUAUCCGUAUCCCAACAAGCAACAUUCUGGCAAUGC